AUCAUGUGAUAAUUCCAUAUAUGGAGACUUUUGUAAAUAUUGGCGAUCCUGAAUUCGUCGGGUUCGCAAUGGAAUAUCGCAGGGAUUCUUCACGCAUUUCCGAUGAAGAAGAUUCUUUAUGGGCCAGAAUAA